AUGUCGUCGUUCAAACAACACAUGCCGCUGGCCAAGUACUCGCUUCGCGUGUGCCUGGUGUUUCUGUCGUGGGUGCCCGUGGCGUGGGUGGUAUCGGAGCGCGUGGCGUCGGUGGGAAAGAUCGAGGGUAUGUCGAUGAAACCGACUUUCAAUCCGCCAGAAUCCCCCCACACUAGGAACCAUGUGCUAUUAUGGAAGUGGGGGGUUACCAAUAUCCAUAAUUUACAAGUGGACGACGUGGUGUUCCUGCGCUCGCCAAUCGACCCGGAGAAAGUGUACACAAAGCGCAUCAAGGCCAAACAAGGCGACCUGGUGGUGCCGCGGUACCCGGAAACGCGGUCCAAAGUGCUCGUGCCGGUCAACCACGUUUGGGUGGAGGGAGAUAACAUCCACUCGAUAGAUUCCAACACGUACGGGCCAAUUAGUACCGGAUUAAUUAUCGGAAAAGCCAAAUACCUGAUCUGGCCGUUGGACAGGUUCGGGCCCAUCCCGCACGGCGGCCGCGAGUGUCGCGAGGCCCUGCUACGCAACAGCUACAAGGAGAACUGA